AUGGAGAAUAGAAUGGGGCAGAAGGUAAAACACAGAACAAGACCAUUUGAAAUAAUUAUUUUACUGACUAUUUUUGCCAAUUGUGUGGCCUUAGCUAUCUAUAUCCCCUUUCCAGAAGAUGAUUCCAAUGCCACCAAUUCCAAUCUGGAACGAGUGGAAUAUCUCUUUCUCAUAAUUUUUACAGUGGAAGCAUUUUUAAAAGUAAUAGCAUACGGACUUCUCUUUCACCCCAACGCUUACCUCCGCAAUGGCUGGAAUUUACUAGAUUUUAUAAUUGUGGUAGUAGGGCUUUUUAGUGCAAUUUUAGAACAAGCAACCAAAGCAGAUGGGGGGAAUUCGAUAGGAGGAAAAGGUGCCGGAUUUGAUGUUAAAGCACUGCGGGCUUUCCGAGUAUUACGUCCACUACGGCUGGUGUCUGGAGUUCCCAGUCUCCAGGUGGUUUUAAAUUCAAUUAUCAAGGCCAUGGUCCCUUUGUUGCAUAUUGCCCUGCUGGUGCUGUUUGUCAUUAUUAUCUAUGCCAUCAUUGGACUGGAGUUAUUCAUGGGGAAGAUGCAUAAGACCUGCUACCAUGUGCAAGGGGGACUGAUAGAUACACCUGCGGAGGACGACCCAUCUCCGUGUGCCCCCCAGUCUGCCCACGGGCGGCAGUGUCAGAACGGCACCGAGUGCAAGGCGGGCUGGGAGGGACCUAAGCACGGCAUCACCAACUUUGACAAUUUUGCUUUUGCCAUGCUCACGGUGUUUCAGUGCAUCACCAUGGAGGGCUGGACGGAUGUGCUGUACUGGAUGCAGGACGCUAUGGGCUAUGAGUUACCAUGGGUGUAUUUUGUCAGUCUGGUCAUCUUUGGAUCCUUUUUCGUUCUAAAUCUGGUUCUUGGUGUGUUGAGCGGGGAGUUUUCCAAAGAAAGAGAAAAGGCUAAAGCUCGAGGGGAUUUCCAGAAGCUACGGGAAAAGCAACAGCUAGAGGAGGACCUGAAGGGAUACUUAGAUUGGAUAACUCAAGCAGAAGACAUUGAUCCAGAAAAUGAAGAUGAAGGCAUGGAUGAGGAGAAGCCUCGAAACAUGAGCAUGCCCACCAGCGAGACCGAGUCCGUCAACACCGACAACGUCCCCGGAGCGGACAUGGAGGGCGAGAACUGCGGCGCCAGGCUGGCGCAUCGGAUCUCAAAAUCAAAAUUUAGUCGCUACUGGCGCCGAUGGAACCGAUUCUGCAGGAGGAAGUGCCGUGCUGCUGUCAAGUCCAAUGUUUUCUAUUGGCUGGUGAUCUUCCUCGUGUUUCUCAACACCCUCACCAUUGCCUCUGAGCACUACAACCAGCCAGACUGGCUCACAGAGGUCCAAGACACUGCCAACAAGGUGCUGCUAGCUCUUUUCACGGCAGAGAUGCUGCUGAAGAUGUACAGCCUCGGUCUCCAGGCCUACUUUGUGUCCCUCUUCAACCGCUUUGACUGCUUCAUCGUGUGCGGGGGCAUCCUGGAAACCAUCCUGGUGGAGACAAAGAUCAUGUCACCCCUGGGCAUUUCGGUUUUGAGAUGUGUCAGGCUCCUAAGGAUAUUUAAAAUCACAAGAUAUUGGAACUCCCUGAGUAAUCUUGUGGCUUCACUCCUGAAUUCAGUCCGCUCCAUUGCCUCCCUGUUGCUGCUCCUCUUCCUCUUCAUCAUCAUCUUCUCACUCCUGGGGAUGCAGCUCUUUGGGGGCAAGUUUAACUUUGAUGAGAUGCAGACCAGGAGGAGUACAUUUGACAACUUCCCUCAGUCCCUCCUGACUGUGUUUCAGAUCCUGACUGGGGAGGACUGGAAUUCGGUGAUGUAUGAUGGGAUCAUGGCUUAUGGCGGCCCCUCUUUUCCAGGAAUGUUGGUCUGUAUUUACUUCAUCAUCCUCUUCAUCUGUGGAAACUAUAUCCUGCUGAAUGUAUUUUUGGCCAUUGCUGUGGACAACCUUGCUGAUGCUGAGAGUUUAACAUCUGCACAGAAAGAGGAGGAAGAGGAGAAAGAAAGGAAAAAGCUCGCUAGGACUGCUAGUCCCGAAAAGAAACAGGAGAUGGAAAAAACAGCUGUGGAGGAAGAGACAAAGGAAGAGAAAAUUGAGCUGAAAUCGAUCACUGCUGAUGGAGAGUCCCCACCUGCUACCAAGAUCAACGUGGAUGAUUAUCAGCCCAAUGAAAGCGAGGAAAAGAGCCCUUAUCCCACAACAGAAGCACCAGCAGAGGAAGAUGAGGAAGAGCCUGAGAUGCCUGUCGGCCCUCGACCUCGCCCGAUGUCUGAGCUGCACCUCAAGGAAAAGGCUGUGCCCAUGCCUGAUGCCAGUGCUUUCUUCAUCUUCAGUCCUAACAACAGGUUCCGUGUCCACUGCCAUCGAAUCGUUAACGAUAACAUUUUCACCAACCUGAUCCUAUUUUUCAUCCUGCUCAGCAGCAUCUCCCUGGCAGCUGAGGACCCCGUGAGACACCUCUCCUUUAGGAACCAAAUCCUAGGCAAUGCAGACUAUGUCUUCACUAGUAUCUUUACAUUAGAAAUUAUUCUUAAGAUGACGGCCUACGGGGCUUUCCUCCACAAGGGCUCCUUCUGCAGGAACUAUUUCAACAUCUUAGACCUGCUGGUGGUCAGCGUUUCUCUCAUCUCCUUUGGGAUCCAGUCCAGUGCCAUUAAUGUGGUGAAGAUCCUGCGUGUUCUGAGGGUCCUUAGACCACUGAGGGCCAUCAACAGAGCCAAAGGACUGAAGCACGUGGUCCAGUGUGUGUUUGUCGCCAUCAGAACCAUCGGGAACAUUGUGAUUGUCACCACUUUGCUGCAGUUCAUGUUUGCCUGCAUUGGAGUUCAGCUGUUCAAGGGCAAGCUGUACAGCUGCACUGACAGCUCCAAGCAGACAGAAGCAGAGUGCAGAGGGUACUACAUCACCUACAAGGAUGGGGAGGUCAGCCAGCCCAUGAUACAGCCCCGCAGCUGGGAGAACAGCAAGUUCGACUUCGACAACGUCCUGACUGCCAUGAUGGCCCUCUUCACCGUCUCCACCUUCGAGGGCUGGCCAGAGUUGCUGUAUAGGUCCAUUGAUUCCCACAUGGAGGAUGUGGGACCCAUCUAUAAUCACAGGGUUGAGAUCUCCAUCUUCUUUAUUAUCUACAUCAUCAUCAUUGCUUUCUUCAUGAUGAACAUCUUCGUUGGUUUCGUCAUCGUCACAUUUCAGGAACAAGGAGAACAAGAGUACAAGAACUGUGAGCUGGACAAAAACCAGCGCCAGUGUGUAGAGUAUGCCCUGAAAGCCCGGCCCCUGCGGAGAUACAUCCCUAAAAACCAGUACCAGUACAAAGUCUGGUACGUGGUCAACUCCACCUAUUUUGAAUACCUGAUGUUCGUUCUGAUCCUGCUGAACACCAUCUGCCUGGCCAUGCAACACUAUGGUCAGAGCUGCAUGUUCAAGGAAGCCAUGAAUAUCCUCAACAUGCUCUUCACUGGCCUCUUCACCGUGGAGAUGGUCCUGAAAUUAAUCGCCUUCAAACCCAAGGGUUACUUUAGUGAUCCUUGGAAUGUUUUUGACUUCCUCAUCGUAAUUGGCAGCAUUAUAGACGUCAUUCUCAGUGAAACUAAUCCAGCUGAACAUACCCAAUGCUCUUCCUCUAUGAACGCAGAGGAAAACUCUCGCAUCUCAAUCACCUUCUUCCGACUCUUCCGCGUGAUGCGCCUCGUCAAGCUCCUGAGCCGAGGGGAGGGCAUCCGGACGCUGCUUUGGACCUUCAUCAAGUCCUUCCAGGCUCUCCCCUACGUGGCUCUUUUAAUAGUGAUGCUGUUCUUCAUCUACGCUGUGAUUGGGAUGCAGGUGUUCGGUAAAAUCGCGCUGAACGACACCACAGAAAUCAACCGCAACAAUAACUUCCAGACCUUCCCCCAGGCAGUGCUGCUGCUUUUCAGGUGUGCCACAGGUGAGGCCUGGCAGGAAAUCAUGCUGGCAUGUCUCCCGGACAAGAAGUGUGACCCGGAGUCGGAGCCGGCCAACUCCACGGAAGCCGAUCACUCCUGUGGCAGCAGCUUCGCCGUCUUCUAUUUCAUCAGCUUCUACAUGCUCUGUGCCUUCCUGAUCAUCAAUCUUUUUGUAGCUGUUAUAAUGGAUAACUUCGAUUACCUGACACGGGACUGGUCCAUUUUAGGACCACACCACCUGGAUGAGUUUAAAAGGAUCUGGGCAGAGUAUGACCCUGAAGCUAAGGGACGGAUCAAACACUUGGAUGUGGUGACGCUGCUCCGGCGGAUCCAGCCCCCGCUGGGCUUCGGGAAGCUCUGCCCUCACCGCGUGGCUUGCAAACGCCUUGUCUCCAUGAACAUGCCACUGAACAGCGAUGGCACCGUCAUGUUCAACGCCACUCUCUUUGCACUGGUCAGAACUGCACUGAGGAUCAAGACAGAAGGUAACCUGGAGCAAGCCAACGAAGAGCUGAGAGCAAUAAUUAAGAAAAUCUGGAAGCGCACCAGUAUGAAGCUGCUGGACCAGGUGGUGCCUCCUGCAGGUGAUGACGAGGUGACCGUGGGGAAGUUCUACGCCACUUUCUUGAUCCAGGAGUAUUUCCGGAAGUUCAAGAAGCGCAAGGAGCAGGGGCUGGUGGGGAAGCCCUCGCAGCGCAACGCGCUGUCCUUACAGGCUGGUCUGCGCACACUCCACGACAUCGGGCCGGAGAUCCGACGAGCAAUUUCUGGAGACCUGACAGCUGAAGAGGAGCUGGACAAGGCCAUGAAAGAAGCUGUUUCUGCUGCCUCUGAAGAUGAUAUCUUCCGGAGAGCUGGAGGCUUGUUUGGAAACCACGUGAGCUAUUACCAAAGCGACGGCAGGAGCGGGUUCCCCCAGACAUUCACCACCCAGAGACCUUUGCACAUCAAUAAGUCUGGCAACAACCACGGAGACACCGAGUCUCCAUCUCACGAGAAGCUGGUGGACUCCACCUUCACUCCCAGCAGCUACUCAUCCUCAGGCUCCAAUGCCAACAUCAACAACGCCAACAACACCGCCCUGUGUCGCUUCCCCAGCCCACCCAGCUACCCCAGCACUGUCAGCACGGUGGAAGGCCAUGGGACCCCCUUGUCACCCACCAUUUGUGUGCAGGAGGCUCCCUGGAAACUCCCAUCCAAAAGGACACAUUACUACGAGGCACUGGGACGCUCCAGUUCCAGAGACAGCCAGCUGGCAAUUGUUUGCCAAGAGGAAGUGUCUCAGGAUGAGACUUAUGAUGAAAAUUUGAAUGAAGACAUUGAGUACUGUAGUGAACCAAGUCUGCUCUCUACCGAAAUGCUUGCAUACCAGGAUGAUGAAAACAGACAACUCACUCCGCCAGAAAACAACAAAGGAGAGGACACCCGGCCCUCUCCGAAGAAAGGGUUUCUGUGCUCCUCAGCUCUAGGUCGAAGAGCAUCUUUUCACUUAGAGUGUUUGAAAAGACAGAAGAACCAGGGCGUGGAUGUCUCGCAGAAGACAGUCCUGCCUUUGCAUCUGGUCCAUCAUCAGGCAUUAGCAGUGGCCGGCCUGAGUCCCCUGCUCCAGCGAAGCCAUUCCCCCACCAUGUUCUCUCGGCUGUGUGCUACACCCCCGGCCACGCCCUGCAACCGAGGCUGGCCGCAACAGAGCAUCCCAACGCUGCGCCUCGACGGGGCGGAAUCCUCGGAGAAGCUCAACAGCAGCUUGCCGUCGGUGCACUGCGGCUCCCGGUACCCCGAGGGCGGCGGCAGCCCCAGGAGAGCCCGGCCGGUGUCCCUGACCGUGCCCAGCCCCAGCGCAGGCAGCAGCCGGCAGUUCCACGGCAGCGCCAGCAGCCUGGUGGAAGCGGUCUUGAUUUCGGAAGGACUGAUGCAGUUUGCUCAAGAUCCAAAGUUCAUUGAGGUCACAACCCAGGAGCUCGCAGACGCCUGCGACAUGACGAUAGAAGAGAUGGAAAAUGCAGCAGACAACAUUCUCAAUGGUAACAGCAAGCAGAGCCCCAAUGGCAACCUCUUGCCUUUUGCUAACUGCAGGGACCCAGGGCAGGACAGUGCAGGAGAGGAAGAGGAAGAGGUGCAGAACCCGGAUUGUAGGAUAAGUCAGGAGGAGCUCAAGGACAGCAGGAUUUAUAUCAGCAGCCUGUAGUUGCCAGGGCUGGAAGCGAUGCUGGUUUUUUAUUUGUUUCAAUGUUCCUAAUGGGUUUGUUUCAGAAGUGCCUCACUGUUCUCGUGACCUGGAGUAACCGGAACAGCGUUCUUCAUUCAUUUCUGUUGGGACGAGUCGCAGAGUUGGGUGGUGUAAGAAAGCUUUUCAGGAGCGGAUAUAACCCCAGCACGUGUCCAUGAAGGAAGAGUGAGGAGGAGGAGGAGAAGAAGAAGAGGAGGAGAGCCAGCUCCCUCUUUUUUUCAGUCCCUGCACAAGGAACGACAGCUGCCUCCGGAGCACCAAGGGGAACCUCAGCUUCCUGUGGAUGGCCCUAGCCAAAAGGACCCUGCGCCAAACGGGUGUCUUUCAACCUUGCUUGUAAAAAUCAUUUUGCACAUAUUCUGUAUGAGCCUCACCGUCUCCAUAAAGCCAAGGCCCUUUGAUUCGGAAGGAGAGGAAGACUUCUGCUGUGGAUUCCCACACGGCCACGGGGAGGAGGAAGCAGGAGAAGCCCGAGGCGCGGCCCAGCUCUGCCGAGACUCAGGCAGCGGCCCCUGCCGGCCAAUCACAGCUCGGGCGGUCACUCGCCAACCAAUCCGAGCUCAGGCAGUCUCUUGCCGGCCAAUCAGAGCUUAGCGCGCCAACUGUGCCAGCCAAUGGGAGAGCAGGCAUGGCCGCGGGGCUGAGGGGCCGCCGGGCCUGUGCAGAGUUAUUCUUGUUUUGCAGUUUGGUAUUUUCUUGAAAGCAUGUUGCAGUUUUUAUUUUGACUAUUUUAUUAUUAUUAUUAUUAUUAUUAUUAUUUUGAGGGAGAAGGGAGUGUUUACAGCGUUUUGUAAUCACCUACCUUUUUUGUUUUGGUUUAUUUUCACCUUUGCAGAUGUUAAAUCGGUUUGAUCAUGUUGUAUUAUUUAAACUGGGGUGGGAGGGGGGUGUUUCUCCAUUGGAAUUUGGUAGAAAUAUAAUGAUAGAUGAGUUUUACCAACCAUUAUGUACACCGAGAAUUUGUCAUUUUAUUUACUAGCAAACCUUUUUUUUUUUAUUUUAUUUUUUUCGUUCGUUUGUCCGUUUGUUGUUGUUUUAUAAUUUAAAAGAUAGUAGGCAAUGCACUUGAUAUAGUCUUGCACAUUUGAGUGGUUGGUUUGGGUUCUCUUUUUUUUUUAGUGCUCAGUGUAUCUGUGAGAGCGAGUGUGCGUGUGUGUAGGAGCAGCUCUCCAUGCCCUGCUGCGGGAGAUCUGUACCUGGGGCCAUUCGAAUGCAAAAAAACAAACCACUGUCUCUGCUUUCCAAAAGGGAAUCGGUAACUUUGCAUUUUCUGUUCCACAAGAUAUGCAAAAACAAUGCAAUAAUAUUCAUUUUAAAAUAAAAAUUGUAAGUUGUGUCGGCAUUAAAACUGUAUAGAGAAAAAAAAAGAAAAAAUUUACGGGGGUGGGGGGGGAGAAACAAAAAAAAAAAAAAAAAAACAAAAACCAGAAGAUGUUACGCUUCGAUAUAUUCCGUGUGAUGUUUUAUUGCAUUGAUAAUGUUUCUGUUGAAGAAACCGUUAUACUUGAAUUCAGGUCAGUUUCAGUAUUUUUCAAAUAUUUUUUUAAAAUGAAUUGCAAUUGUGCCAAGCAAAGAUAAUGAAUUGAAUUAAGUUUGUUUAAAAAAAAAAAGAAAAAAAAAGAAUCACUUCUUGUAUAUUUUGCUGCAUGUCAAGUGAAUCAUUUCGUAUUUGGAAUGUGCCAAGCUUUACCUUUGAACUUUUAAGUGCUUUUUUACGUGUGGUUGGGGAAAGGGUACUAUUUCAUUACUUUAUUUUUUUCCUUUUUUAAUUUGUACGAUGAACAAAGUGUACCUGGUGUAAGUAACUAUUCUGCAAUCCACUGACAGGUUGAACGUUACUGAUUUUGCAUAUCUUGUGUUCAUUUUCCUUCUUCCUCACUCCCUUUUAACGUGCACGAUGACUUUUAUCGGUAGAGAAUCUUUCUUCCCGAGACUGGGAACAUUUUCUUCAGGCUUUGUUUUCUUUCCUUUUGCUCAGUUCCUCUAAAGGUCUCGUCCCACUCGAGGGUGGCAAGACCCCCAAAGCCCAUUUGGCAGAUCCAUCCUUCACGUUCAGCUGGCACCAGCAAUUGAAGCAGCGAGGGGAAGGGAAAAAAAAAUCUGGCCUCAAAAUUAUUUUAUUAAAUAGCUGAACCCCAUUCAAUUUUAGCAGAGAUAAGAAAGGAAAGAAUCAGAAUAGUUGGGAAAAUAAAGUUAUCUAACCCUGGUCUGGGCUGAAAGCAGAGGGAGAGAGCUGUGGAUCUUUUUUGGGAGAAUUGCUGCAGUCUGGUCAAGAAUGCAGGUGCCAAGUUUCUGUGCAUGAUCUCAAUCCUUUUCCCAGACUUUAGUGGAUGGGUCAGGUACUAAAGUCACAAAACACCUGGCAGCACAGCAUGUCCCAGCCACAGUUCCUGACUAGUAAGUGUGAAACUCUCACACACUGAUGGUUGCCCUAACCUCGAGAGAGGCUGAAAAAACAGGCAGGUAUUGUUAGAUUUUAUGCAACUGGUUUUUGUCUAGACUGCUGCAGGUUUUUCUCCCUCCUCGGGAUGAUUCACUAACUUGCAGAUCGGUUCUGAGGUGUGAUCUGACUCAGAGCUAAACUUUGAUUCAAAUCUUGAGCUUCUGCAGAUAUCUGAGAACACCCUUCACUGCAUACAUUGAUUACAUUAUUUUUGUAAUGCUCUUGUUUUUCUUCUCAAUUCUCUGGGGCAUGAAGGAGAAAUAGCAAAGGGUAUUUUUGACUGUACUUCUUGAACUGGCCAGUAUCAACUCAAGAUACCUUGGGAAAAAAAACAAAUACUAGAGAAAUAGGAAUCCAUUUGUACAAGCAUCCGUGGUCAAAGUCAUAAUUCAAGGCUUCCCUGGAGAAAGUAACCAGGUGAUUGGGGUCAGUCUCAUCCUUUCAUCCCAGGUGCCUGUAUGGAGAUGGGCAUACACGUGUGUCUCCCUGUGAGUUUGCUGCUGCUGCUGUGCUCCAAAGGUACUCAAAAGGGGAAAAUGCCGUGUAAGGGCUCCCUAACUCAUUUCCUUUCACUGCAAAGUCCAUCUGACCCUCCCAAGGGAAGAUAAGGGUUCUUCACUAUUCCUGAAAAAUAGCAAUUCAUGGUGACAAUGAGCAUUUUGGAUGCUUGACAGCCCAUCUUUGAGGAUUUUUCUGGAUGGGAAGGAAAAUGACCUUGUGCCCCAGGCAUUCUUUGUGAAAGCUGCUACUGCUCGGGGGUCAGAGCCUACAAUGGCCAGGGGAAACCCCUGCUCUCUCCUGCAAGACCCCAUAGGUGCUGCAGAGUGGAAAAUGUUUGGCUAACAGAGAAUGCAAAUGACUUUUACAGUCUGAGGUGCAGGUGUUAAAUUUAGUAAUUGCUGGUGCCAGCUGUAAUUUCUCUUUCUGGGGAGGGUGGCUUUCUUUUUUUUUCUUUUUUUUUUAAUCAUUUGAGGUACUUCAAAUGUGCACAUUGUGACAGGCCUGAGCAAAGAGCUGCUGCCUCCUGCAAGUGAGGCAGAGUCUGGGGGACAGUGGGAAGGAGGGGUCAGGUUUCAUUCCUGGAGUGUUUCCCUGUGGAUGGGAGUGGAUGGUGGGUACAAUCACUGUGCUGUGGAUGGAAGCUUUGAAGGAACCCAUGGCUGAGAAGUGGCGUGGAAGGAAAGAAUGGGGAAAACGAUCUGCUGUUUGCCUCUGAGCAUCUCUGACUCACAAGAGGACACUGCAGACUAAAGACAUUUCUUAUAAAACAACAAACCUCCUCCCUGUAUCACUCCUGCUCAUUAGUCCAGACAGUACUGGGCCAGCCACAUCGAGUGCAUUUCUUUUUUUCUUCCCUAUUUCUGUGUGGCUGACGUGAUGGGAAAGCAAACUCACGAUCCAGAGCUGGAGUUCCAUUGUCCACAGACCUUUUGUGCAUCGUCUGCCUCUUCAGCUGGACAUGUGGACGAUGAUGGUGUCAAUGCUGCUGCUACCGCAGGGGUCCCGCCUGUUUUCUUGCCCUGCCCACCACACCCCAGCACGGAGGGACAGCCAGAGAGGCGCCAUGUACAGAACCGCAUCUAUUUCUGCUUUGUUUUCUGACUCACAACCCUGCCCCGGUGACUACGACGACAACAACAACAACAAAAAAAAAAAAAAGGGCAAAUGCAUUUUUUACAUUUCUUGAUAAUUUCCAAAGCAAUGUAUCAUUGCUUUCUUUAGACUGACGCCAAUAUAACAGUUGUAUGGGUCUCAGCCAGGCUCCUGUGUCUUUUCUGCCUGAGUUUCAGAUUGCUGUAUGAAAUGUAUGCGCGUUUGCACACAGACACAACCAGGCCAGGUGGAGGCACCCCGAGCCCGUGGGGUUGCUCACCUGUGUCACACAUGGAGAUGGAGGCCUUGCUUCGUGUAGAUGAGAAACCCCAACCCACUGGUCCAGCCCUGCUGAGACAGAACUGAGUAUCCUGAGACACAUCCGUGGUCCUGCUGUGACUGUCCCCACAGCAGGGGCGGUGGGAGGGGAGAGGAACACUGAAUGGGGAUUUUGGAGCACAAUAUGGAAGGAGAAUACAGUUGGGGUUUCUGGUAGCAGUGAGAUUUUGUCAGUUCCCACAAUUAAAACUGUAGUGCACAUAAAUAAAACAUUCCAGGCCAUCAGAAGCCCCAAUUCCCAUCUUGCUAACAUGAGGCUGGAGGGCAUUAGAGGCCAAGGAGGUUGUAUUGAUGCAAAGAAUGUGGAAAACGGAACUGGGCCCUGAAAAAUUUAAUUACAUCUUUCCCCUCUUUAUUUUCUUCUUCAAAAAAGUCUUAAGAAAUCCAAUUCUCAAUAGCUGCACAGGGUUGUUUUUUUGUUUUUUUUUUCUUUUGAAUGUUGUGAAACUUUCAAGGUUUUAUUCUGGGUGAGCAAGACCAGGGAUCCAGAAGGUUUCCAACUGGAUCUCAGUCCGUGGAGCUUUUAUCUCUGUUCCUGCUUUGUUUCUGGAAAGCUGAAACCACUCUGGCCUUGCUGCUACAGCUCCCUGAGGUUGGGUGGGUGAGGGCAGAAGCACAGCAGGAGAUCUGUCCUCUUCUGAAGACAAAUUGGGCUCCAAUUGCUUUCAGAAAACUCACAGACAUCCCAGAAUCACACUGGAAUGGAAAAAAAGACCUUUUCUGAUACAAACUUUAGUGUUCUAGUUAAAUUCUCCAUUCUUCUCCUCCCCCUUACAGGGAACUUAACACUUGAGCAUAAAAGCCAGGCCUUCUUUAGGGGCACAGGGCUCGACUCAGUUGCCUAAACGUGGGUGUCCACUGUCACUUGAGAUACCCUACAGCGUCCUCUGCCAUGUCUGCCGCAGCUGACAUGGGGAGAGGGACAGCUCUGGCCCAGGCAGGAUCUCAGGUGCCAGGGGACAAUCAGGCAACUUAAUCAAGUCCCUUUCUAAAGGGCUAAUUGAGAGGAGCAGCACCAAUGACUGAUGUAAUGAGGAAAUCUUCAUUAGCAUUACCAAGGGCUUAGUUAGGCAGGAUCAGGAGCUUGUCUCCACGCUCCCAUGCUGUUGUUUUUCUACCCCAUGUCAGGCACUCUGCCUCCACUCCUGCGGCCUGAAGUCGGCAGCGCUCUCCCUGGUCCUUUCCUUAGGCCAGGAUUAGCAUCCCAGGCCCAGGGGAGCCAGGACAGACCCAGGCCAGAGCAGGCAUCACUCCACUCAAUCACAGAUUUUUCUGCCAGCGUUCCAACAGCCCCUUUCCAAAGCUUUUUCCCUAUUCUAGACAGAGCCACAAACUCAGACCCCAUUUGUUGGCAUCAUCAUUCAGGUGGUUAAAUACCUGUGUUUUUCUGUUAGCUCUUUCCCAGUUAGGCUGAAAUGCUUUCAGUAUUUUAAGCAUCCUAAGUCAGUCUGCUCCCAUCUCAAGCACCUAGGUAGACUGGCAGCCAAUACUAUCUAAACACCAUCAAUUUUAUGAUUGCUCAUAGAAAUGAUUGUUUCAAGCUUAUUUAGUCUUGACAGUUUGAAUGUGGGAAGAUUUUGGAGGAGGAGGAGUGAGAUUGUAAAUAUCUCUGACAAACAUUGCUGCAUCACACACAAAAAAAAAAAAAAAAAAGGGGGAGAUACUUAUAAAACUGCCUUAAAAAUCAAUUCUGAAUGAUGAAUCUCCCUCCAAACAAUUGCCGCUUGAUAGAGCAAGGGAUGAGUCACUUUGGGUGAAUUCCGGCAAGAAGUGGUUGGAAUCUAGUCCGGUUUCAGGAGCGAAAGUGUAAUUUAGGAGCUGAUUUCUCACUCAGUCUGAAUUCACAUCAGCACCAAGGACUGAGCACUGCAGGAUCCAAAGGAUUUAAGGUCUGGGGGGUGCUGUCUGUGCAUGGUUAGGGUCUGGCCCGGCAGGUACUGGGUACCGGUGUCUCCCAGUGACUUCAGGGAAGAUGGGGUUCCUCAGCAUCUCUUAAGUUCAGGCCCUGGAGCACCAUUUCCUGCUCUGAUCAUCAGCUAUAAAUGUUGAUAAAUAUAAUUGUUUUGCCUUCAUUUGAAUUGCCCAGAGCUGUAAAAUGACCUCUCUCAAGUAUAAAUCAGUCCAGAUAUAAACCUCCUCUCCCACUCUUCCCUACACUCCCUGCCCACCUUCCCAGCCCUCCCUUGCACCUCCACCCAAGCCCUUCCCUGCCUCAAUUCUUUACCUCCUUCCACACUUUUAUAUCUAGUUUUCAUGAACCCACAGAAAUGCUUUUGUAAAUACUGCUGUACAGUUUGUAACCGUCAUGUAAGCCUGUCAUCAGUGCCAGAGUCCGUCUUGCCCUCUCGCACGUUUUAAAAUCAACAGAGGAAAGUUAGAGCGAAUGGCCCGCCAGUGAGCUAUAGGGUCAUCUCUGUGUGGGACAAAUGUAUAUUCCUGUAAGAUUGCAUUUUUAUCUAAGGAAUGAUGUUAUUUUAAAAUUGCUAAUAAAUUUCUAAACAAUG